GCAAAGAUUACCAAAAGGUACUCCUGGCAUCAUGAGUGCACGAAACAUUGAUGGUCUUUCAAUAGGAUCGUUUCAGUAGUGCGUAAUGAUAGACGAAUGCAUAGCUUACUUUAAUAGCAUUUUCAUCACAACUCAAUGGGUAUUCAAAAGUAACAGGCAAUGAUUCAUCUCAUCCAAAUGUCACUUGGAUGAUUCGGUUUUUUUAGUUUUGAGGAUAUUCAAUAGUGGAUUUAACAUGCUCUCUCCCUCUUAUCUCCAGGCCUAUCUGACGUAUGCUAGUAGCGUGCAAGUGGGUGCGCAGAGCGGGAUCCAGGAAUGUAAACACCAGUUUGCUUGGGACAGGUGGAACUGCCCGGAGAGUGCGCUCCAACUGUCAACUCAUAAAGGCCUUCGCAGCGCCACGAGUGAGACCUCUUUCGUGCACGCGAUCAGCGCAGCAGGUGUCAUGUACACACUGACCCGCAACUGUAGUCUCGGGGACCUGGACAACUGCGGCUGUGACGGCUCGAGAAAUGGUCAAAUCGGGGGGCGUGGGUGGUUGUGGGGCGGCUGCAGUGAUAACUUGGACUUUGGGGAAAGGAUGUCAAAACAGUACGUGGACGCGCUUGAGACUGGCCAGGACUCACGGGCGGCUGUCAACCUUCAUAACAACGAGGCCGGUAGAAUGGCGGUGAAGGCCACCAUGAAGCGCAUCUGCAGGUGCCACGGUAUGUCUGAGAGUUGCUCCGUUCAGACCUGCUGGAUGCAGCUGUCUGACUUCAGAGACGUCGGCAACUACCUCAAAAUCAAACACGACCAGGCGCAGAAACUGGAAAUGGACAAGAGGCGGAUGAGGUCGGGGAACAGCGCGGACAACAGGGGCGCCAUUGCGGACGCGUUCAGCAGCAUCGCCCGAACGGAGCUCAUUUACCUGGAGGAAUCUCCAGACUACUGCAGUCAGAACGCCAGCCUGGGCCUUCACGGUACUGAGGGCAGGGAGUGCCUGCAGCACGGCGAGGGCUUGAACCAGUGGGAGAAGAGGAGCUGCCGCCGACUGUGCCAUGAGUGCGGCCUGGGGGUGGAGGAGAGGCGGACAGAGAUAGUCAGCAGCUGUAACUGUAAGUUCCAAUGGUGCUGCACGGUCAAGUGUGAGAACUGCUCUCAAGUGAUGGUCAAACACGUGUGUGCCAGAAGAGAGGGAAGCCACGGACACAACUACAGAAGGAGAUACCGAGGACCUAAAUGAAUGAAAAGAGGGAGGCCUGUGGCUUUAUUCUAUGCAAACUAUUAUGAUGGCAAAUGUUAAAACAUGAGUUUUGUCAGCUUAUUUCAAAUCUAUCUUUAUUCACAAAGACUGUCCUCCACUCCGUGAUUAUGUGAAAUGUUGUUCUGCACUUCCCCGUCACCCACCCACGUUUCUCUUAUUGUAGGCCUAUAUGGAUGUAAAUUAUAUAUUUAUGUAUGUGACUCAUUGGAAAUAUUUAAUAAACAAAUAUAAAAUAUA